AUGUCGAAUCGCAACAGCAACGACUACGUCGGGGAGUCCUUCGACGAUGCCCCCGAACACUCAGAGAACCUCAAUGUUACGAUCCCCAAGUCCGCUUCAACUCGCUCCUUGACCGACAGCCCUCCAGUCGGCACUGCGCCCUCCCCCGACACGACGGAGAAACCAUCCUACCCUUCUGCAUCGCAGGACGAGCAGAAGGACGACACCACGGAGGGUGAAGCCAAAGGAAAAAAGAAGAACAAGAAGAACAAAAAGAAGAAGGCCAAGAGCCAAGAUGGUGAUGAGGAGCAGGUCAACGAUACCGAAAACACCACCCCCGGCGAUGGCCCCGUGGAGGAUCCCGUGGAGGAGGUGAAGCUCCAAAUCGACACAAGCGAUGAAUUGAAGGAUAUGAACCAGCAAGACCACUCGAAAGAGCAAGAAGACCUGAAAGAAGAAUCUCUCCAGACCGAAGAGUUGGAUGACGGCGACCAGACACCCGUCAAGAGUGCCCCGCAGAAAUCCCCCCUACUCACCUCGCACCGCCUAUCCACUGCUUCAUCGCUGGACGAGGUGGUCUUGACCAACAGCAAGGAGGACGAACGUAUCGGACCUAACGAUGCAAACCCAGAGAUCAAGCGGGAUUCACCCCCAGUCCCUGCCAAGGACGGGGUUGUAUCUCCGCCGAGCGGAGGCUUGAUGGGACUGUCCGGAACUCUGCCAUCUUUGCCCUGGGGCCCGCCUCCAGUGAACAAGAACCCUGCGCCUGCUCCUCCUCCACCACCCUCUCGCAAGCCCAGCGGACCUUUCGCCUGGUUCUCCCGAAGCUCAACCGGUACCAAGGACGUCAAAUCCCCCCAAUCGAACAGCCGACGAAACACUGCCAACUCGGUCUCCACCCUCGCGAGCAACCUGGAUCACCGAUCCCAUGAUGGCGAAGAUGGGGACGCAUCGAGCGUCAAUUCGAAGAGGCCCAGACGGAACAGCCUGAAGGACCAGUUUAAGCUGUUGCGUAUGCGAGAGGAGGCGUCGCUGCACGCGCACGAGAAUGACGAUGGCAGUGUCCGAUCCGGCCACGGCAGUAUCAGCCACACUGGAGCUAGCCCUCCCAUCAUCCCCGAAGAAGGCGAGCAAGGCAUCCUCGCCGCCCCCGCCUCAGCUUCUGGAGCGACACCGCCUGGAGUCCCUCAGUCCACAAUCAACGCCAACUUGGCCCCGGGUACAGUGUCUGGAUUCUCUCGAUCCGCAUCCGAUGCGUCUACGCCCGUGGACUGGGAUAUGUGGCAGCAGCUCGUCAAUAGCGGACCCCAGGCAAUCGCGAGCUCGGAGGAAUUGAACGCGGCCAUCAAGCGAGGUAUUCCCCAGACUAUUCGGGGCGUGAUUUGGCAAAUUUUGGCCGACUGCCACGCCGGAGAGUUGGAGGAUAUUUAUCGUGAACUUGUGGCCCGUGGAACGGACAAGGACCGUCGCACACCCGACCUUCAGAUCAACGGCACAACUGAGAAGGAAUCGACAUCCUCCUCGCGCUCUUCCAUUCGAUCCAACAACUCCGGUUCUGCCACACAAUCCACCAGCGUUAGCCCAUCGAACGAAACGGACCCCGAGCGAUUGGCCAAGGAACAAGCUGCCAACGCAAGCGCUCGUCUGAAGAAAGCCAAGGACGAAGCCGCCGCCUUGCAGAAGCUGGAGAAGACUAUCCGGCGAGAUCUGGGUGCUCGAACUAGUUAUUCGAAGUAUUUCAUCUCCCAAGGAAGUCAAGAGAGUCUGUAUGGACUGUGCAAGGCUUAUGCCAUUUAUGAUGAGGGCGUGGGAUACGCCCAGGGCAUGAACUUUAUUGUCAUGCCUUUGCUUUUCAACAUGGACGAGGUGGAAGCUUUCGAGCUACUCGUCAAGUUGAUGAACAAAUACGGACUUCGUGAGAUGUUUAUUCAGGACAUGCCGGGACUUCACCGCAGUCUUUACCAGUUCGAGCGUUUGCUGGAAGACCUGGAGCCCGCUCUCUACUGUCACCUUCGCCGACGUGGCGUUCCCCCACAAUUGUACGCCACCCAGUGGUUCUUGACCCUGUUCGCCUAUCGAUUCCCUCUUCAGCUCGUCCUCCGCAUUUACGACCUGAUCUUUGAGGAGGGUCUCGAGAACACAAUUGUCAAGUUCGCCGUUGCAAUUAUGCGCCGCAACACCGAGACACUUCUCGGAAUGAAAGACAUGAGUGUCCUCACGACCUUCCUGAAGGAGCGUUUGUUCGACGUGUACAUUGAUAAGCAGCCCUCGGCAUCCUCGAUCCUGGAGUCCGGUUUCUUCGGAAGCUCCGGUGCCGCAGAUAAGGAGGUCUAUCGAGCCGACAUUCUUGUGCAGGAUGCCUGCGAUAUCCCUCUCACGCAGGAGAUGCUUGCCUCCUAUACCGCUGAGUGGGAGGAAAAAACCCGAGCGGAGAAGGAUCGUGAAAUCGAGCUGGACCACCUUCGUCACACUGUGGUGACGCAAGCAUCGCGUAUUCGCCUCCUUGAAGAGCGCGCUGAGGCAUCUGACAAGGAACAUGUUCAGCUGGCAUCUGAGCUGGUGCACGUCAAGGUCGAGAACGAGGAACUCAAGGACCUGAAAGAAGCUUUGGACCUGCAAGUAACCAAUCUCAAGGAUGUCGUCGACAAGCAGCCUGCUGAGGUUGAGGAGAAGCUUCGCCUCGAGAUGGAGCGUAUCAUGCAGCGCAACAUCGAAGUCCAGAACGAAAACCGCUCCAUGGAAGAAAGCAUGGCGGAGAUGGAGAAGGAGCUGGUAGAGACUAAGAUGAAAUGGGCUGAGCUCUCCGAAAACCACGAGACGCUCAAGCAGAAGUGGAGCGACCUCCGACGAGCCCUCGACUAG